AUGAUCUACAAAAUUUGGUACAUCUUAUCAUUUGUUUUAUUAAGAAUACCUAGUUGGAUAUUUGUUACUGCAAAUGCCAUCAAGUUUACAAUUCCAUUUACAACACUCUUUGUCACAUUUAUAAUCACAAGUUAUGUUAUUUAUUAUAUUGUGAAAAGUAGGGUAUUAUCUCAAUAUAAAAAGCUAACCCCAGAAAAAGAAGAGUUAAAAAGUUUGGGUUCUUCUUCAUCUAAAUGUUCUUCAGUUAAUCUAGAUCAAGCAAGAAGUUCUGCUCAAGAUAAGAGUUCAAAACAUGAAAAGAAAAACAUCUUUUUUCAUUACGAAGAUGAUAGAUCUUUUUCUUCUUAUCUGGAUCAAUUUUUGAGUGCUAUUAAGAUUUUUGGAUACUUAGAGAAACCUGUAUUCAAUGAUUUGACUAAGAAUAUGAAGACUCAAAAGCUAAAUGAAGGUGAGAUCCUUUUAUUAGAUGAUGCAAUAGGUUUGGCCAUCGUCGUUGAAGGUAGCUUACAAAUAUACCACAACGUGUCAGAUAAUUCUGGUAAUGGUAUCAUAUCAAAUUCCUAUACUAAAAAUUGUGCUAAUGACUACAUUAAUUCUGCAUCAGUUAAUUACAGUUCUGAACAUUCAAGUAUUAGUGAUAAUCUUAAAGUUGAAAACUCCUGCUUAGAUACAAAUUCUAAUAACAGCGAAACAUCUUCUAACAAUGACAAUUAUGAAGAAUCAGAUGGAUUUUCAGAAGAUUCAAACACUUAUAUAAGGUUUAAAAAUGGUUCUGGAAAAUAUCAGUUAUUAAAUACCGUAAAACCUGGUAACCCUGUAUCGUCCUUGGUAAAUAUACUAAAUUUAUUCACCUCAAAGAAAUCAAAACAGAAUUCGAAUAAUAAUGCACAAGAAAACAUUACAAACAAUAAUUCUACUAGUAACUUGUCAAAUUCUCAAAACUUCUCUCAUUUCGGUGCAAAGGACUUAUCAACCUUAACUUUCGAUGAUGCAAAUCCUGUUUUCUAUCCUUUGCCUAAUAUAGUAGCCAGAGCUGCUACAAAUUGCACAAUUGCUAUCAUUCCACCAAAGUCUUUUAGCAAACUGGUAGAGACCUACCCUAGAUCAGCUUCUCAUAUCAUACAAAUGGUCUUAACAAGACUAUAUAGAGUUACUUUUCAAACGGCUCAUGAUUAUUUGGGAUUAACUUCCGAAAUUAUGGAGAUAGAAUACUUGUUAAACAAGAAUGUUAGAUACGAAUUACCAUAUUUUUUGAAAGAAGCUGUUGUUAAUUGUUACAAACAUACUAAACAAGCAUAUUCUACCAAUAAUAAUUCAAAAGGUAGUAGUAUUAUUAAUCUUAAUUCAAAGACUUCGAAUAAAUCUAGUUCUUCUACUAAAUCAUUUUUAUCAGAAAUUCCACUAAAAUUCAGUGUACCUAAAUCCAAGUCAAACUCCCAACUAAAUACAAACAAUAUAUUUGAAAGUUUUGGAGGUGGAUCCAGGAAUUUUGUUUUAAAAUCUUCGAAAGAUCACAGUAAUCCUGGAGAUUUAUUAUCUAAUGUUCCUUUGACGAGAAGAGAUCUUUCGACCUCAGAUGCUGUAACUCCUAUUUCAUCGAAUAAUAACUUCUCAGCUAUACUAGAUAAUGCAUUAUCACCUCUACUGGAAUUUGAAAAUGAAAAGAGACCAGUAAAAAUUAAAAAUGGUUUUCCUGAAGUUAGUAAUAAUAAAAGUGAGAAGACACAAAGAGGAACUUUAAACUCACACUCAGAUUCUGAAAAUGAUGGAAAAAUUAAAUAUUUUUCUUUGCAGGAAGGAACAGACGAAGCCACUUUAAGAUUUGCUCUUGUUGAAGCAAUUUUUAAUAUCCUAAGUAUUAAUGAAGAGAGUUUUUACGCCAAAAAAAGUCGUACAGCUUCCCUUACAACUCCAACCCUUACUCAUAGAAUAAGCAACUCCUCAGAUAAUUCACUGGAAUCAUCAAUCUACUCAACACAACAAGACUAUCCUGAUUCGGCUAUAAAAAUAUUACCAAGUGAAUAUGCAAUCACAUCCCAUAAAUUUAAACCAAAAUUAUCAACUACUUAUAAGGAGGAAGUUCCAACUUCAAUCGAUUUUGAGAGUGUUAAAAAAGAAUUUUCAGAUAAUAUUGAUUUACAAUAUCAUCCAAAAGGCGAAACUAUUGUCGAACAGAACAACAAUAGUAAAGGGUUAUUUUACGUGAUAUCUGGAAGUAUCGAUGUAACUUACACCAAUUCUCCUGGCAUGGAUUAUGUUCCUGAAAUGAAUUCUUCUAAUAAAGAAUUUAAUGAAGAUUUAAAAAAAGUUGAACAAUUUUUAUAUACAGUUGAAAGUGGAGGUAUAGCUGGAUACCUAGCCUCAUUAGUCAAUUCGAAAUCUUUUGUUAAUCUUAAAGCCAGAACUGAUGUCUAUGUUGGAUUUUUAUCCAAUCAAACUUUGGAACGUUUCUACGACAAAUACUGUCUUUUGCAUCUCAGGUUAGCAGAAAUAUUAACCACACUUAUUUCGCCAAGAAUGUUAAAGUUAGAUCAUGCAUUGGAAUGGAUUCAUCUUUCGGCAUCUGAAACUCUAUUUAAUAAAGGAGACCCAGCUAACGGAAUUUAUGUCAUAUUAAAUGGAAGGGUCAGGCAAGUAUCGGACAAACAUUAUUUCCAAUCACCAGAAUUGGCACAAGGUGAAAGCUUUGGCGAGGUUGAAGUGUUGACAGCAAUGAAUCGUAUGUCUUCAAUACAGGCAGUAAGAGAAACAGAAUUAGCACGUAUACCCAGAACGUUAUUUGGAAUACUUGCUUUAGAACAACCUUCUAUUAUGUUUAGAAUUUCGAGACUGGUCGCGCGCAAAAUCCUUGAUAUUAAUUUGGGGUCUGACGUUCCAACCAGAGUGACAGCUGAUAAUGGUUAUAAAUAUGAUUUUAACUUGAUGAUUCCUUCCUUAAACGGAAAUGCACAUAAGGGAGCUCAUCCUAAAAAUAAAAAUUCAUACAGAACAAUAACUAUUUUACCUGUAACAGAAGGACUUCCUGUUAAUUCGUUUGCGAAUAAAUUGGUACAAGCUUUUAGACAAGUGGGCAGAAACACAAUUGGACUAAACAUGAGGACAGCAUUAAAUCAUCUAGGAAGGCAUGCAUUUGAUAAAUUAGCUAAAUUAAAGCUAAGUGGUUACUUUGCCGAACUAGAAGUAAUGUAUCAAACCGUUGUUUACAUAGCUGACUCACCGGUAAACUCUAGCUGGACAAAUACAUGCAUUUCGCAAGGUGACUGUAUACUGUUAUUAGCGGACGCAAAUGAUUCAGCUGACAUAGGGGAGUAUGAGUUACUUCUACAAAAAGUUGGAACUACGGCACGGACUGAAUUAAUCCUCUUACAUCCUGAAAGAUAUGUCGAACCUGGUUCUACCUACAAUUGGUUAAAACAAAGAAAUUGGGUAGAUGCACACCAUCAUAUGCAAUUUCUUGUCAAUCCAUUAUCGGAAAGAUUAAACAUGCGUUCCCAUAAUAAGAAUGCGUCAAGACUCGCUUUGGUUGAUAGGAUAAUGAACACCGAAUUUAGUAAAUUGACACAGGAAAAUAUUUCAAAAUAUGUUCCCGAAUCUAUAAAAUCGAAGGUUGAAACAAUUUCAAGGAGAAUUAGAGGUAGAAGCCAUCAAUAUUAUUCAUCAAGUGAUCCCAAUAAAAAUGAUUUUUUGAGACUUGCAAGGAUCUUGUCGGAUCAAGCAAUUGGUGUUGUAUUGGGUGGAGGUGGUGCCAGGGGAAUCAGUCAUUUGGGAGUUUUACAAGCUAUUGAAGAACAAGGUAUCCCAAUUGAUUUAAUUGGAGGAACUUCAAUGGGUGCAUUUGUUGCAGGCUUGUAUGCUAAGGACUAUGAUAUAGUCCCAAUAUAUGGUAGGUUAAAAAGUUUUUGUGCUCGUAUUGGUUCAUUAUGGAGGAUGAUUGGUGAUUUAACUUGGCCAGUAACUUCAUACACCACAGGUCAUGAGUUUAAUAGAGGUAUUUGGAAAACUUUUGGAGACACUAGAAUUGAAGAUUUUUGGAUACAAUAUUAUUGUAAUUCUACAAAUAUUACUGAAUCUAUCCAGGAAAUACAUUCAUUCGGAUAUGCUUGGAGAUACAUCAGGGCAUCGAUGUCACUUGCUGGCUUACUGCCACCAUUGGAAGCGAAAGGAUCCAUGCUGUUAGACGGUGGAUACGUUGAUAACUUACCAGUCGAUGAAAUGAAAGGUAGAGGCUGUGAUAUUGUGAUUGCCGUUGAUGUAGGUUCAGUUGAUGAUCGUACUCCAAUGAAUUAUGGUGAUUCUUUGAACGGGUUUUGGAUCUUGUUCAACAAAUGGAAUCCUUUUUCUUCUUACCCUAAUAUCCCAACAAUGGCUGAAAUUCAAAUGAGACUAGGUUAUGUGUCGUCAGUGAACGCGUUAGAAAGAGCUAAACGCACCCCCGGGAUUAUAUACACCAGACCACCAGUUGCUGAUUUUGCGACAUUAGAUUUUGGCAAAUUCGAACAGAUAUAUAAUGUCGGUCUUGAUUAUGGUAGGAGCUAUCUUAAAACCUUGAUUGAAAACAAAAACAUGCCGUUUAUUGCAGGCUCAAAAGCGACGUUGAUUGAUACAGCGAUUCCAGAAUUCUUGUCACGGAGACGUAACAGCAUCUAA